AUGUUUGUUUUGCUCUAUAGGUUUGGUGUGGUGAGUGGCAGAUUCCUUUCCACUGGGGGUAUUUGUUUUGGAGUCAACACCCUUGCUAUUGGCUCCAUUGAAAUGUCCGUGUGUGAGGAUAUGUUGCUGUGCAAUUACCGCAAGUGCCGUGUCAAGCUCUCAGGCUAUGCCUGGGUCACGGCUUGCUCACACAUCUUCUGUGACCAGCACGGUAGUGGGGAAUUCAGCCGUUCACCAGCAGUCUGUCCUGCCUGCAACAGUGCCCUCUCUGGCAAGCUAGACAUUGUUCGCACCGAGCUAAGUCCCUCUGAAGAACACAAGGCCAUGGUGUUGGCUGGACUUCGGCCAGAGAGUGUGCUGGACAUCAGCUCCCGUGCACUCUCCUUCUGGACAUACCAGGUUCACCAGGAGCACCUGUACCAGGAAUACACCUACAGCAAGGCUGAGGGACACCUGAAGCAGAUGGAGAAGGUGUACACUCAGCAGCUGCAGAGCAAGGACAUGGAACUGACCUCCAUGAAAAGCGAGGUCUCCUCCCUGAAGAAGAUGCUGGAGGAGUACAAGAAGAAGUUCAGCGAGCUCUCUGAGAAGCUCAUGGAGCGGAAUCGCCAGUACAAGAAGCUCCAGGGCCUCUAUGACAGCCUCCGUCUGCGCAACGUUGCCAUGGCUAAUCAGGAGGCUGCCCACGAGCCUCCCAUGGUGCCUCAGCCUGCUGUCUUUGGCUUCCCAUUGGGUAAUGCUGCCAAGUUCCCUGGGGAUGCCACGCCGGUCCGGGGCAGGUGUGGGGAAGGAGACUUCCACUUCAAACCCUUCUUUGCCACAUCCCCACCUGCGGAUGAAUCCAGCAACAGCUUCUUCACCUUCACCUCUCCCAGCAAUGAGCUGGAGCCACAUCCUGGAGCCAGCAGGGCCUACAAGAUGAAGAGGAUGUAA